GGGCCGGGGGCCGCGGGCGGGGGCGGGGCCGGGGCGGCCCGCACAGGCCGGGCUCUCUCAUGGCGGUGAGCCGGGCGCUCGGGCUCCGUCUGGCCUACGCGGCGGCAGGCGCCCUCAUGGGCCUCUCGGCCUUCCUCACCUGGAGCCUGGCGCCGGCCUUCCGCCAGCCCGCCACGGCUGCCGCGGGGGGGGUCUCCGGUGUUCUGGCGCUCUGGGCCCUAAUCACGCAUGUGAUGUAUGUGCAGGAUUACUGGAGGACCUGGUUAAAAGGGCUGAGGUUCUUCCUCUUCAUCGGGAUCCUCUUCUCUGCUCUCUCCGUGGUGGGAUUUUGCACAUUCCUUGUUCUGGCCAUCACCAAGCACCAGUCCCUGACUGAUCCCAGCAGCUACUACCUGUCGUGUGUCUGGAGUGUCAUCUCCCUGAAAUGGGCCUUCCUGCUCAGCUUAUACUCACACCGGUACAGGAAUGAGUUUGCAGACAUCAGCAUCCUCAGUGACUUCUGAAGCUUGGACUUAAUCCUGUCGGAAGCUCCUAAUGUUUGACUGGGCUUUUGGAUGCCCUGCACUGGAAGGAGGCUGCGAAGAGGCAGAGAGCAGGAGCCAGCCCAGCUCCGCAUGACUUAUUUGUCUGCAGUAGGGUUUUUCUUAAUUGCUUUUAUUCAACCACUUAAUUUGGCUAAUUAUGUCAAUCUAGUGUUUUUGUUACUCUCUGGGGAGUCCAUGUGUCUGGCAAUGAGUCAAGUUCCAUGCACUCACAUGCAGCAGGCCUCAAUUUGCUAUCUGCAUUGCUCUGUGUUAUUGUAGACCAGUGACCUUCAAACAAGAAAGUUGUAGAUUAGCCUGUGGAUGCAGCACUUGAUUAAGAACUGGGCAUCCUUCUCUUAGCCAAUGACUCAAUCAGCUUGCUGUGGGGGUGCCCGGGGUUGCUUAGCAGAGGACCAUGCCCUGUGAAGGGAGGUCUUUAUUCUCACAGGGCAGUUUGAGCAGGGGGGGUGGGGUGGGUCCAUAUUGUUUCCCAGCACUGGGGAGGACAAACCCAUUGAUACCUCCACACCAGCCCCCAGUUCUUCAGCAUUUCCUUGUGCUUCGUCCUGAAAACAGUUGGGCUAAGAAUAAGGCAUGGUGCUGGUCCACCCUGCUGUUUAGAGCACAUGCAUCCCCUUGUGCAGAAAAGAAACAAGAAGUCAGCAAUGCAGUAACCUCAAACGGAGGUCACUGAUUGGGGUGAGUUGGGGGGGAAAUCCAGUGCUGGAGAGAAUCAACGCUAGCUCAGCAUUGUACCAUGUUACUUUGUGCUGCCUGUUAACGCAGGAUUACUCUCAAAGGAAACCAUUUUAUUAUAGCACUUAAGAGUGAGAGAUGUAGCAAGUGGCAUCUGACGUUUGGGUAAUGGGUGCACUGGGCAAGGGGCUGGGCUGUUUGAGUCUCAGAAGGGUUGUGAAUGUGUGAUUCAUUGUUUUAAAGCAGUCUGUACCUUAAUGGUCGUGAAGCAUUUGAAGGGCAUUGUGUGUGCUUCUGUUCCUGUAAUGAUUCUUGUUCUGUUUCACUGUAAACUUAAAGCUGACCUACCGCUAUGGAUCAUUAUUGCUGAUUGGCUCCAAUUAGCAUAGGGGGAGAAAAGCAAGAGCUCAGCACAUGUGUGCGUCCUACAAAGGCCAGACCAGCCGUAGAUGGCUAGCUGCCGCUCGGUGGAGGUGGCUUCUUCCUGCUGGAACCUGUUGUAGGGUACAUAAGUCACUUGCAGUUUGCCUGGGUUGCUAAAGUUCUAUAAAUGUAUGCUCUUGAGCGUAAGAUGGGCCCCCACUCACCUACGGCCAGAUGAAAUUGCUGAUGGCAAAUGGGUUACAGGACCACAGCAGAGGAGCUCAGGUGACGAAGCUACCCGGCUCUUC